GAUUGGUUGACCAUUGACCUCCCUUGUGAGAAACAGCCCCAAAAAACCUCAACGGAGCACUAGUGUGCUACUGUCUUCUCCUCUACUCUAACAAUGGAUCGAUCAAAUACCAUAGACUGACAUAAUUAUGCUUUUUAUCUUUGUAUACCACUUGUCAUUUCUAAUUCGCAUUGCCCUGACUUUGUGUUAUUAAAAACCCCCAAAACCAGCAAUGUCAAAACCUUCUCAAAGAAUCAUCAACGGGCUCCUCCUCAAGUUACAUCAUUCCAAUAUUCUCUCCAACUCAAAACCAAUUACAAAGCCAUACUCAAAUGGGUUCUCUACUUUAAAUUCUCGAAUUCCCUUUAACCCAUCCUUUACUUCAAAACCCACUUCCUCGAAUGUGGGUUUAUCUCAAUUUCUCUCACGGGCAAACCCAUAUUACUAUUCGUCAUCUUCGCUUGCUAAACAGAGUUGUUGGUAUGGGGUGAAGAGACACUUUUCUUUAAAGACUUCUAAUUUGGGCAAAACUGUAAAUGGGGAUUUCGCAAGAAAGAUUCUUGAGAAGCCUGCCACUACUUUCUCAAGGUACCGUGAGGCCAUUGGAUUGCAAAUUGAUGCCUUUUGCAAGAGGAAUGUUUUGCUUUUGGUUGGGGCUGGAGGUGUUAUAGUGUGUGCUUUGCUAUGGAGGAUUAUGUUUGGGAUUGCCAAUACCUUCGUUGGCCUUUCUGAAGGCAUGGCUAAGUAUGGCUUUCUUGCCCUUUCUUCUGCCAUUGUUGCCUUCGCUGGCCUUUAUAUCCGCUCUAGAAUCACGGUCAAUCCUGAUAGAGUUUAUAGAAUAGCCAUGAGGAAACUUAAUACUUCUGCUGCAAUUCUUGAGGUUAUGGGUGCUCCACUCACUGGAACAGAGUUAAGAGCUUAUGUAAUGUCUGGAGGUGGGGUUACACUGAAAAACUUCAAGCCAAGGCUUAGGAGCAAAAGGUGUUUUCUUAUCUUCCCAAUACGAGGUUCUGAGAGAAAGGGUCUAGUCAGUGUUGAAGUUAAGAAGAAAAAAGGGCAGUAUGAUAUGAAGCUUUUGGCUGUUGACAUUCCGAUGGCAUCAGGGCCUGACCAAAGACUAUUUCUGAUUGGGGAUGAAGACGAAUACAAGGUUGGCGGUGGACUAAUAGCUGAGCUGAGAGAUCCUGUUGUGAAAGCAAUGGCAGCCAGUAAAGAAUUUGAUGAUCUUGAUGACAUUGAGGAAGCGGAGGAUGCUGAGAGAGAACUUGAGGAAGCAGAAAGAAAGCACCGUGAAGAAAUGGAAAAGCUUGAAAAAGGCGGUUCAUAGUGCUUGACACCUAAGGGUUUCUUUUUUUAUUUUUCCUUUACCAGAUGUUCCCUCCAUUAUUUUCUGUUCCGUUUUCCCGUGCAAUUUUUAUUUCAAUAGAUUCUGAGGCUUGUAUCAGGUGCGCCAUGCAUUGGAGUCGUUAAUGUUCAUCUUUGGGAAAUUUGAAAAGUUGAUAGCUGAGAUAAUCUAAUGGAGGCAAUAAAGGCAUAUACAACUGACAUAAGGUGCUUCACUUGAACUGAAGUACAAUUUCCUGGUUUGAAUUGUCUGCUUUUCUUUUUCAAUCUUACAUUCUGCUUUGCUUUUGAAGCCGUAGAAUCAUUAUAGCAGCAAUUUGUAAUGUGUCUUGUGCUUUAGGGGAGUGUUCUAUGUUGACAUGGUUUGUUUUCUAAUCCUAUAAAAUGGAUUUAAUUCUACUGAAGAAAGAUUUCUUUUA